GCUCCAGUUCCUCUGUGGCAGCCUGUCAACCCUAAGCCCAAGGAGUCCGAUGCCUUCAAGAUCCUCCCUGGGUCUCUUUCCCACGGCUCGCCACUCGAUAGCCUCAAAGCUCCAGUUCCUCUGUGGCAGCCUGUCAGCCCUAAGCCCAAGGAGUCCGAUGCCUUCAAGAUCCUCCCUGGGUCUCUUUCCCGCGGCUCGCUCCUCGAUAGCCUCAAAGCUCCAGUUCCUCUGUGGCAGCCUGUCAGCCCUAAGCCCAAGGAGUCCGAUGCCUUCAAGAUCCUCCCUGGGUCUCUUUCCCGCGGCUCGCUCCUCGAUAGCCUCAAAGCUCCAGCUCCUCUGUGACAGCCUGUCAGCCCUAAGCCCAAGGAGUCCGAUGCCUUCAGGCUUCUCCCUGGGUCUCUUUCCCGCGGCUCGCCCCUCGAUAGCCUCAAAGCUCCAGCUCCUCUGUGACAGCCUGUCAGUCUUAAGCCCAAGGAGUCCGAUGCCUUCAGGCUUCUUCCUGGGUAUCUUUCCCGCGCCUCGCCCCUCUAUAGCCUCAAAGCUCCAGUUCCUCUGUGACAGCCUGUCAGCCCUAAGCCCAAGGAGUCCGAUGCCUUCAGGCUUCUCCCUGGGUCUCUUUUCCACGGCUCGCCCCUCGAUAGCCUCAAAGCUCCAGCUCCUCUGUGACAGCCUGUCAGUCCUAAGCCCAAGGAGUCCGAUGCCUUCAGGCUUCUCCCUGGGUCUCUUUCCCGCGGCUCGCCCCUCGAUAGCCUCAAAGCUCCAGUUCCUCUGUGGCAGCCUGUCAGCCCUAAGCCCAAGCAGUCCGAUGCCUUCAAGAUCCUCCCUGGGUAUCUUUCCCGCGGCUCGCCCCUCGAUAGGAUCAAAGCUCCACCUGCUCUGUGACAGCCUAUCAGCUUUUAACCCAAGGAGUCCGAUGCCUUCAGGAUCCUCCCUGGGUCUCUUCCCGCGGCUCGCCCCUGGAUAGCCUCAAAGCUCCUGUUCCUCUGUGACAGCCUGUCAGCCCUAAGCCCAAGCAGUCCGAUGCCUUCAAGAUCCUCCCUGGGUCUCUUUCCCGCGGCUCGCCCCUCGAUAGUCUCAAAGCUCCAGUUCCUCUGUGACAGCCUGUCAGUCCUUAGCCCAAUGAGUCCGAUGCGUUCAAGGUCCUCCAUGGUUCUCUUUCCCGCGGGUUGCCCCUCAUUAGCCUCAAAGCUCCAGCUCCUCUGUGUCAGCCUGUCAGCCCUAAGCCCAAGAAGUCCGAUGCCUUCAGGCUUCUUCCUGGGUCUCUUUCCCGCAGCUCGGCCAU